CUCCUGAUACUUGGUGCUCUGCUAACUAUUGGGCUCUUUUCCUAUAGAUUGCUGGCUUCAGUUACACAGAGGGCAGAUUUACCAUGUUCAAAAACUCUCUCCUUGGAAUUGAUCUGUGUUUGAAAAAGAUGGGGCUUGAAGUUACUCUAAAGAGUACAUUUCAUUCUCAUUCUUGUACAUCUUUACCUCAGUGGAAAACGUUUUUUCUCUUUAUUUUUCAGGGUGACCCAAAAGCAUAUAAAACCAGAUCUCCAAGAAGUACAGAUGUGUCCUUUAAUGAACUACCCGAAUUCACCCUCUUUAAAAGAAACACAGGGAGUUCCCUGGUGGCUCAGUGGGUUAAGGAUCCAGCAUUGUCACUGAUGUGGCACAGGUGUGAUCCCUGGGCCAGGAACUUCCAUAUGCUGCAGGUGUGGCAAAAAACUUCUUUUUUUUUUUAAAGUAAAAAUAUCAGGACUCUGUACUCAUAAAAAAGAAUGAGCUCCAGCAUAGUGUGCUAAGAUUUUAUGGAAAAAGUUGUAAAAGUAAGUAUAUGUGAUUCCAUUUAAAAUAUUUACAUAUAUUUGUAAAAAGCAUGGAAUUUGUAAAAAGCAUAGUGCUUGACUCAAGAGUGAGAUUUGUGGUGUGUAGAGAGGGUGAGAAAGGGGUCUUACACUUUUUUCUUUACUCAUUUCUGAACUGUCUGGGUUUUUCACUGAAUGUAUAGUUAAAUUCUUAAAAAAUAAUUAGGAGACAUCAUACACAUUCACCAAGAAUCCUUAUUAAUCUUUACUGCAUUUAACAGUCUGGGAAACUCUUACAUUCUCGGUUUGACUGGGUCCAUGGAGAGUGCAAUUCACCAGACAUUCCUUGACUAUCAGGCUCUUUGCUGGGUACCAGGCCACCAAGAUGAAUAAUAUCAGGUCCAUGACAGGAUGGAAAUCUGCCCCAGAAUUCAUAUAAAAGGAACAGUGAAUUUGGUAAAAAUGGGCACCAUCAUCACUAGGAAUACAUCAGCUCCCUCACUUGAUUCAUAACUGGCCUUCUGCAGGCUUCAUCUUUUGGCAGCGCAAUUGGCAGACGUCAUCCUGUCAUUCUUAAGAGUCAAAUUUAGGAUUAAGGCUCCAGCUAAUACCUCUGAACGAGAGGUGUCCUUGGGGAAAGAAAAGUCUCCUGUAUACCCGCUGUGGUACCCAGAAUAGAUUUUGCAGCUGCACACGGAUCCUGUCUUGUCUGUUGUCUCCGCUGAGUAACCUACGUUUCUGGGACAGCAAAGGGGCAGCUGGUGACUUUGAACCAAAUUUUACCUUUCACCUAAAAUCCAGGGAAAUAAUUUGCAACAAAGUGGCAGACGAUGCAAAGUGCUAGGUUGAACGCUAGAUUGUGCUUUAUUUUUUUUCCUCCCAACUUUAUGUUUCCAUGCACCAAAAUGUUGAUGCUACAAAUAUUGGGUACCACGCUUACCUGACAGGCUUCUUCCAUCCUACCUGGGCGCGGGGGCUCAGAGCGAGCGCGCAAACCGCGGCUGGAGCCCGCCUCUCGCGGCCGGAGCAGGCUCGGCCGGCCGAGGGUUUCCCUACUGGCCCCGGUGCCAGAGCCGCUCUGCCGCCGGGACGCCUGCAGUCAGCCCCCGGCGCGCACGCGCGCUCCCCUCAGGCGGCCUCGUCGCCUCAGGUCUUCGGCAGGGCUGCGCGACUGGAAGGCUCCAACCAGCGGGGCGGGGCUAGGAGCGAGAGCUCUCGGCCACGUGACUGACGCCAACAUGGCGGCGCCCAGCGGCGUCCACCUGCUCGUCCGAAGAGGUUGUCAUAGGAUUUUCUCUUCACCACUCAAUCAUAUCUACUUACACAAGCAGUCCAGCAGUCAACAAAGAAGAAAUUUCUUUUUCCGGAGACAAAGAGAGAUUUCACACAGUAUAGUUUUGCCGGCUGCAGUUUCUUCAGCUCAUCCAGUCCCUAAGCACAUAAAGAAGCCAGACUAUGUGACGACAGGCAUUGUACCCGACUGGGGAGACAGCAUAGAAGUUAAGACUGAAGAUCAGAUUCAAGGGCUUCAUCAGGCUUGUCAGCUGGCCCGUCAUGUCCUCCUCCUGGCCGGGAAGAGUUUAAAGGUUGGCAUGACAACAGAAGAGAUAGAUGCUCUUGUUCAUCAGGAGAUCAUCAGUCAUGAUGCCUAUCCUUCACCUCUAGGCUAUGGAGGUUUUCCAAAAUCUGUUUGUACCUCUGUAAACAAUGUGCUUUGUCAUGGUAUUCCUGACAGUCGACCUCUUCAGGAUGGAGAUAUUAUCAACAUUGAUGUCACGGUUUACUACAAUGGCUACCAUGGAGACACCUCUGAAACAUUUUUGGUGGGCAGUGUGGAUGAAGGCGGUAAAAAGUUAGUGGAGGUUGCCAGGAGGUGUAGAGAUGAAGCAAUUGCUGCUUGCAGAGCAGGGGCUCCCUUCUCUGUAAUUGGAAACACAAUCAGCCAGAUAAGUCACCAGAAUGGUUUGCAAGUCUGUCCACAUUUUGUGGGACAUGGAAUAGGCUCUUACUUUCAUGGACAUCCAGAAAUCUGGCAUCAUGCGAAUGACAGCGAUCUGCUCAUGGAGGAGGGUAUGGCGUUCACCAUAGAGCCAAUUAUAACCGAGGGAUCCCCUGAAUUUAAAGUGCUGGAGGAUGCAUGGACCGUGGUCUCCUUGGACAAUCAAAGGUCUGCCCAGUUCGAGCACACAGUUCUCAUUACGUCCAGGGGCGUGCGGAUACUGACCAAACUGCCCCACGAGGCCUGAGGAGCGGCCCGAAGGUCGCAGAGGCCCGGCGCCUUUUCCCCUAGUUUGCUGAAAUCCAGCUGGAGAACUUUGAGAGGAAACCGGCUAACGGCGGGUCUAAUAAUAACCUACUUAGCACCUAGUAUCGCCUUGAGAAAAGGCGGUGGGGACAGGGUGGGGGUGGGAGCAGUUGGGAACUCGGAUCUGAAGCCCCGAUGUGGCCCUGCGGCCUCGGAAAGACAGAUGCUGGCGCCCGGGCUCGGCUUCCCAACUCGGGAAAGGCGUCUGGAAGGGAGUGGGGACGCCCUCACUUGGAAGACGAGGGAUUCCUAGAAAUGCAUGGUUUUCUCUUUGCCUUGCGUUGACCCUGCCCAAGUAAAAAGCCUUCACCUCUUAAAA